GCGCCGCCCCUGCCGGCAGCCGUUGCUCGCGGCGCGGGGGAUGGAGGGCGAGGUGGAGGUGGAGGACGGCGAGAUCUCCGGCUCCGACUCCGACAUGCCCGGCGCCGGCUCCCCCGGGGACCCGCAGCAGAAGUCUCAUGAAGGCAAUGAUUCAGGCAGGCUGUUCCAGAGCAGCAUUUCAUCAUGUGCACCAAGUGUUCCCUAUCGGACAACCAAAAGUGUGGAUUCAAGUGACGAAAGCUUUUCUGAGUCUGAUGAUGACAGCUGUCUGUGGAAACGAAAACGACAGAAAUGUUUCAACUUCCCUCCUGCUAAAUCUGAGCCUUUUCAGCUUAGCCAGAGCCACCAAAAACAAACUGCUCUAGGUGGCAAGAAGGUCAACAAUAUUUGGGGUGCAGUGCUCCAAGAGCAGAAUCAGGACGCAGUGGCUACUGAACUGGGGAUUCUAGGCAUGGAUGGUAGCAUUGACAGGAGCCGGCAGUCUGAGACUUACAACUAUUUAUUGGCUAAAAAGUUGAUGAAGGAAGCUCAGCAAAAGGAGGCAGAGACUUUAGAUAAGGAACUGGAUGAAUACAUGCAUGAUGACAAGAAAACAUCGCCAGCAGAAGAAGACAGUGGGCAAGGCUUUCUCAAACGGAAGCGGCCAGUAAAAGAAAGACUAGGUGAAAGACAAGAAAUGAAAUAUAAAGGAAGGUAUGAGAUAACAGAAGAAGAUUCAGAGGAAAAAGUGGCAGAUGAAAUUACUUAUCGGCUUUGUGAGCCAAAGAAAGACUUAAUUGCCCGAGUAGUGAAAAUAAUUGGGAAAAGAAAAGCUAUUGAGCUGCUUAUGGAAACAACUGAAGUGGAGCAAAAUGGUGGAAUGUUCAUAGUGAACGGCAGUAGGAGAAGAACACCAGGGGGCGUUUAUUUAAACCUGCUGAAGAACACACCUAGCAUCAAAGAAGAACAAAUUAAGGAAAUAUUCUAUUUGGAAAACCAAAAGGAGUAUGAAAACAAAAAAGCUGCUAAGAAGAGGAGAAUACAAGUCCUAGGGAAGAAGAUGAAAAAAGCCAUUAAAGGGCUUAACCUGCAAGAAUAUGAUGAUGCGUCUCGUGAGACUUUCGCUAGUGAUACAAAUGAGGCUCUGGCUUCCCUGGAUGACCUACAGGAGGGGCAUCAUGAGGCAAAGAUGGAACCUGAAGAUACUAUUGAGAUUGAUAAUGCUCAUGAUUUGGAGAUCUUCUAGUUACUGAUGUUCUUUAUAACAAAGUCUCUAAAACAUUAAAUGAGCCUUUCUUUUAAUCCCAUGGCUUCUUGUUUUCAUAACCUGCAGAAACAUGGGAAAUACUUGAUGCUGAAGAACUUAACAUAAUUCUUAGCUAAUUUUAACAGCAUGAAAGAUGUUAAUGGUCCUAUUACUUGUUUAAGUCUUCAAAAACUGCUAUGAUUUUUCUAGGUAACAGCUCUGCAUUGCAGUGAUUGUUCCGUAAGAUCUUUUUUUAGCCAAAUGUUAGGCUUAAGAAUUGAAGGUUAUUUUUUAACCAUGUGCUUCAUACUUAAUUUGCUAAAGCUAACAAAGUCAUCAAGUGAGCAGUGCCUCUCAUUACAACUGAAUGGAAAAAACAGUAUAAAGUUAGUCUUUGUCAUAUUAAGGACAUACAAUCCUUUAUAUAAUGUGUUGACAAGAAUAGCAGUAUUAGAGGAUUAAGACCUGUAAAAACAGAUUGGUUUGUGAAAGAAACUGAAGUUUAAUGGUCAAUGACCUUUGAAUAUCAACCUUGUAAAUAGGCACUCUUGAGUGAUGUAUGUUUUACAGUUCUGCAGCAGCUUAAUCCCCCAUGUUAUAAUAGAGGCUUGAGCUUCUACCUAUUCUGGGUAGACUUUUUCCAUACGUAAAAACAAACCCAGCUUAAGCAGACCUUUUCAUUUGCAAGUCCCCGCUUACAUUAGUGAGAUUUUGCUAACCUGUGUUCCUCUCAAGGGUCUGUAGAUUGUACAUCCAGGUAGACUCUACACCCUUUACUGUGCAAUUCAUGUUUCCAUGUUGCUUCCCACAUGUGCAGUAGGACAAAGUUAAUGUAUAGCUUGGCAGAAGUUCUAGUUUUUCUAUGGUGAGACAUAAAAAACAGCAGUAUGUAAAAUAUUGUUUUUACUUGAUGCAGAAGGCUGUUGUGCAGUCUGUAAGUUCAGCUGAAGUCAACUUUUAAGUUGAGUGUUGUUUUUGAUACAACUGAACAGAUGUGACAGACGUGUGAUGUCUAAAAUACUUUGUCACUAGUAAGUUGUGUUUUCUAUGACUAGGCACUAAUUUCUCAUAUAAAAUAUUUGUGAAAUAUUUAUGAAUUUAUUAACUUUCAAGCACCACAACAACCUUCUGCAUGUAGAUUUUGUUCACCUGGAGUCCUAGAAUCUCAGAAGUGAAGCAUGUCACUGAAACUCGUAAUGAAGUUACAAUAUUGAGCAAUUCUGUAUUGUCAAGAGCUGGUAUUUAAAGGGCAACAAUAUUUGAAGAAAGAGUUCUUAAACAUAGAGCACAUCCCAUUGUAUGAUUUGCUAAAUUUAAUUAAGAGUUUUGACUGCAAAAGUAGGAAGCAAGGGUAAGGUUAAAAGUUUUCUCUCUUGCUCCCACAUACUCAACUUGUUUAGUCGGUCCUGAGUGAAGACAGCAGUUCUGAGGUGCUUGUUAGUUGACUGUGGAUUAUACCAAACUGGAUUGUGUGGUCUGUUUUGUCUAGCAACAGAUAUGCCUGGCUGCUUAGCUUUUAGUAGCUGAUGUGUUACAGGCAGAAAAUGCAAUUAUAAGGGUAGAGUUUUGUAUUCCUAAGUUUCUCUGAUGGGCAGGUAUGACUGAGGCAUCAAUUUUACUGCAAAUGUAGGCUGCAUAUGGCCAGGACAAAUGCCCCGCUCAGUCUCUUAAGCUACAGCAGUUUAAGGAAUAAGCCAUCUCUGUUAUACCUGAAGCGGGCAAUGAAAAUGAGGGAAACAUGCUGUGCUUUGAAAACACAUCUUGAUUGUGACCAAAGACGCUUUUCUUCCUUACAUCCCAAGUUCAGACAAGAAAGCAGUGCUUUUUGGUGUCACAGGAAAAAUUAUUUUAUUAAUGGUUCAGUCUUACAGUGGAUUGUGAAAGCACCACUUCAAGUGUAACUACAACAUUACAGAUUUUCUUCCCCUUCCUGGUAGAUGGUAGAUCUCAUUAAAAUGCUCUUAUGCCCUCCAGGCUUAGUAACUGCUGUUUACCAAAGUUCUCAAGCAAGCAUGGGAUGACCCAGUGUUUACUGUGAUGCCUUCAAAAGAAGAUCCAAAUAAUUAUUUUAAUUGAAAGGUAGUGGUGGUGAGAUCAGAAAGUGGCUUUGUACUGUAUACAUCUUAAUAGUUAUGCCACAUUCCCCAAGGGGCUGCUGGGCAUCUGCAACAACUAGUAUUGAAUCCAGUUAAAAACCAGGCAGCAGUGCUUUGCUAGUCUCUGUACCAACUUCAUUGUGCUAGCAGGAAACUUUAUCCUGACGCUUACUACCAUCUAAAAGAUGUCUAAAUCUUUUAUUCUGAUUUUCCUUAUUUUGACCAUAAUUUAAAACAAAAACAUGUGGCUUUGACUCCUGUGUGACAUUACAAGAGGCAGGCAGUUGGCACAUGCAGGGUUAUUAAUUCUAUAGACAGGUUUGGUAAGGGAAGAUCGCCAAGGAGGGCCCAGGCACAGCCUCCUCUGGCUCCUGCAGCUCUUCUUGUUCCCCACGGGUGGGAGCAGGGGCAGAGGUGGGAGCUGCUGUGACCCCCUCGAGGGGCAGCCGAUGAGGUGCUGGGGAGCUCUUCCACCUCAGCUCAGCCAGGGCUGCUGGAGGGGGCUGGGCUGGGGGCAGGAGACCCUCCUCGGCAGGCAGCGGGGCCGGGGACAGCUGCGGGGCUGUCCCCCCAGUGCGUCCCCUGAAGCUCCUCUGCUGCCUCUGCCCCUGGAGCAGGCACGGCAGCACGGAGCUGCAGGACAAAGUGCCACAGGCUUUCCCCACACCCCAGCACUGCUGGCCAGGCCUCUGGGCUCCCCUGCUUCCUCCCAUGGGGGGUCACAGGCAGCACUGGGCUGGCCCUGGAGAUACUAUUGUGAUCCACAUAACCUUUUCAGUUUGGGGAUUUUUUUGUAACUUGUUUAAGCAGUACUGCUGUUUCUCUACCUAACUGAAACAUUAAAAAAGCACUCUUAACUCUGCUGAAGCAGAAAUAAAUUAUUCCCAAACCUAAUGAAGUGACCUAAGAUUUUCUAAAGGAAUAAUUUCUGGCUUACAGGCUCUAGCACCUUUUAAAAUAAAAGGAGGCAAAUGCAGAAAGAUUCUCAGGAAAAUGUGCUGAGAAUCUAGGUGAAGUAUAAGCUGAAGUAAAUGUUAGCCCAAACCAAAAGAAAAAAAAGUAAAAGUAAAGAGCGAAAAAAGCCCUAACUGAUGCACACAUCUAAGAGGUCUCAUUCCAUUGUCUUGCAAUUUUUUCCCCAGGUCCCCAUUUUGAAAAUACCCAGUUGUCAAGCUGGAGGAUGCCAAGUGGGUAAUUUAAAGAGAAAAAAAUUCUUUAAUUUUGCAUGAGUUUGAGUAUUUUUAAGUUUUCCAUAAUGUGUCUAAACAAGUAUCCUGUUGGAUGUUUGCCUUACCUGAUACAAGUAAAUUUGUCUAUUGUAAUUUUAUGUUAGACACUUCUAUAUCAUCUUAGAAAAUGUUACAUACUGAAGCUUUAUUUUAGAUUACUCUCCUGAAAAAUGUGGUUUAUUCCAGGUUACUGCAUCUUCAUAUUCUGUUUUGUAGCUGGCUGUCUAUUUAAUCCAACGGUCAGAAGCUGGCUUCAAAGCUGUAGGUCCCUCGUCAUAGAAAUACAAAAUUUCUGUGGAAACAAAUAACAAGGACUUUGAAGAUUUUUACAUACUUAAUAUCCAUUUGGUUUUGUGUACAUAGAAAUACUGAUCUCCAAAUAGUGUUAUUUUUCCUGAAAUGUUUUAAAUAUUAAUAAGUUGCAUUUAUAUUUACUUAGAAAAUAUCUAGUCUGUGUCUUGCAUCUUGUUUCUUCAUGCAGAACUUGUGUCACAGGGGAUAAAAAACUAUGGUUGAUACAAUCUUCCUUUUCUACAGAAGGUAAUAAAAAUGAGCUAAUGGAUCUUUGCUAUCAAUGUUAA